AUGGCAACGCCACAGAAUGUCACGGUGGACCAGGUUAGGUUGAUCCUGAGUGAAGUCAUUGAGGCCUUGGAGUCCCCUGACUAUGCCUCCAAGUUGGAUGAAGCUAAAGAAGCGGCUGGCAAUGAGAUGCUGAAAAUGAUGCAGAUUGUGUUCCCAAUGGUUGUUCAAAUUGAAAUGGAAACUAUUAAACGUCAUGGCUUUCCCAACUCCCGAGAAGGUAUAGUUCAGUUCACGCAGCUGGUUCGUGAGAUGGAGGCUCUGGACAGUGAGGUGUCACGUCUGCACACUCAGAUCAGAAACCACUACCUACCCCCUGUGUCUAUCAGCUCUACAGUGGAUACUUCUCUGUAA